AUGGCGGGCAGAGCGCCUUCGAACCUGAGUGGAAAUGGGCAUGAUCACGACUUGGUGGACCUCGACGACGACAAUGACCGAUCUUCAUACCAAUACCAUUCCGGCAGCAGACCUCCCGUAUCCGACGACCGCAUCCUCCACGACUACGACAUUGACAGCUCCGAUACUCCUGCUCCACCGAGAAUCAGCGUCUCCCACGACAACUUCGUUGGUGGGCAAUCACAAUCACAAUCACAACUUCCAGGUGGACCUGGCUAUCCCCUCCAACGUCCGCCAGUGCUGGGAGAUGCUGGACGGAAUCUCUCGCAAACCUCGGGCCUCAACAACUACCAGCGCUAUUCGGACGUGGACAACGAUCGCUUCUCUGACACGGCCUCAAUCCAAGGUGGUUACUAUGCUGCGGGGGGUGGAAUUGAUGAGGACAACAUCCAGGGCGCUCCCAUCCGUCAUGGAUCCAGCAGACAUCGGAAUCGCAACAGCAUCAUGAGCUUGGGUGGUGGGAUCAUGGGCCGUGCGAAGAAUAUGCUGGGCAUGGGACCGGAAUACAGUGAAAUGGACCUGCCUCUGACGGAAACACGGGGACACCAAGCAGUGGGCUCUACAGACACUUUCCCCGAAGCACAACCAGCAGAGCGCAAAACGCCAGGCUCAAAGUUCAAGUUUGGCCUGCCCGGGCGAGGAAAGGUCGAUCCCUCUACGCUCGGCCCUCGCAUCAUUCAUCUCAACAACCCACCCGCGAAUGCUGCCAACAAGUACUGCGACAACCACGUCUCCACCACAAAGUACAAUGUCAUCACCUUCCUGCCCAAGUUCCUCUUCGAACAGUUUAGCAGAUAUGCCAACUUGUUCUUCUUGUUCACUGCCAUCCUCCAACAGAUUCCAAACAUUAGUCCGACAAAUCGAUACACCACGAUUGUACCUUUGGGAAUUGUUUUGCUGGUAUCGGCCGGCAAGGAGAUUGUUGAAGAUCAACGGCGAAGAAGUCAGGACAAUGAAUUGAACAGGAGCAAGGCCCAAGCACUGCGAGGCACAUCCUUCCAAGAUAUCAGAUGGAUUGAUGUCCAAGUGGGUGAUGUCUUGAAGGUGGAAUCUGAGCAGCCGUUCCCGGCCGAUCUAGUUUUGAUGGCAUCCUCAGAACCUGAAGGACUGUGCUAUAUUGAGACUGCCAACCUCGAUGGAGAGACCAAUCUCAAAAUUAAACAGGCUAUUCCCGAGACUUGCAAUAUGGUCUCCGCCGCUGAAAUGGCUCGUCUCGGAGGCAGGGUGAAGAGUGAACAGCCCAACAGCAGUCUCUACACCUACGAAGCCACAUUGACCAUGCAAUCUGGUGGAGGCGAGCGUGUUCUUCCUCUCGCUCCCGACCAGCUACUUCUCCGUGGCGCGACGCUCCGAAACACACCCUUCAUCUACGGUCUGGUAGUCUUCACCGGCCACGAAACAAAGCUCAUGCGUAACGCCACCGCAACACCCAUCAAACGAACCAACGUCGAGCGGAGAGUGAACAUCCAAAUUCUCAUGCUAGGCAUUGUUCUGGUGGCCUUGUCCAUCAUUUCUUCGAUCGGAGAUCUGGUUGUCCGACACACCAUUGGCGAUGGUCUAUGGUUUCUGGACUACCAAUCAUCCAACGCAGCCCAGCAAUUCUUCAGCGACGUCUUCACAUAUUGGAUCCUGUACUCCAACUUGGUGCCCAUCUCACUCUUMGUCACAGUCGAGAUCAUCAAGUACUACCAAGCCUUUCUCAUCAGCAGUGAUUUGGACAUCUACUAUCCCGAAACCGACACACCGGCGAAUUGCAGAACCAGUUCUCUCGUGGAGGAGCUGGGACAGGUGGAAUACAUUUUCUCUGACAAGACCGGCACGCUGACUUGCAAUAUGAUGGAGUUCCGUCAGGCUAGUAUUGGAGGUCUGCAGUAUUCUGGAGAAGUCCCCGAAGAUCGCCGUAUCAUCGACGAGGAUGAGAGUGGAAAUGGUAUCUUCGACUUCAAGGCUAUGGAGAGACAUCGACGAGGUGGUCAGAACGCCGAGGCGAUUCACCAGUUCCUCAGCUUGCUGUCUACCUGCCAUACUGUCAUUCCCGAGGUCAACUCUGAGAAGCCUGGCAUCAUCAAGUACCAAGCAGCCUCUCCUGAUGAGGGCGCCCUUGUGGAAGGUGCUGUGGAGCUGGGCUACAAAUUCGUCGCACGUAAACCCAAGCUUGUCACGAUCGAGGUCAGUGGAGAACAAUACGACUACGAACUUCUCGCCGUCUGUGAGUUCAACUCUACACGAAAGCGGAUGAGCUGUAUCUACCGCUGCCCUGAUGGCAAGAUCCGUUGCUUCACAAAGGGCGCCGACACUGUGAUUCUGGAGCGUUUGGCUGAGCGAAGUGAAAUGGUCGAGCGGACGCUCCUUCAUCUGGAAGAGUAUGCCGCAGAAGGUCUACGAACUCUCUGCCUCGCUUUCCGCGAGGUUCCUGAGGCAGAGUUUAGAGAGUGGUGGGACGUCUUCAACACAGCCCAGACGACAGUCUCUGGCAAUCGUGCGGACGAAUUGGACAAGGCAGCCGAACUAAUUGAACACGACUUUACUCUCCUCGGAGCUACAGCGAUCGAAGACAAGCUCCAAGACGGCGUUCCAGACACAAUUCAUACGUUGCAGAGUGCUGGUAUCAAAGUCUGGGUGUUGACGGGAGAUCGCCAGGAGACAGCCAUCAACAUUGGAAUGUCCUGCAAACUGAUCUCUGAAGAUAUGACGUUGCUUAUCGUGAACGAGGAGAAUGCCCCAGCUACAAGAGCGAAUAUCGAGAAGAAACUUGAAGCCAUUCGAACCCAGCGCGCUGGAAAUGCAGAAAUGGACACGCUGGCAUUGGUCAUUGACGGCAAGUCUCUCACAUACGCAUUGGAGAAGGACUUGGAGAAGCAGUUUCUUGAUCUCGCAGUGAUGUGCAAAGCUGUCAUCUGCUGUCGUGUCUCGCCUCUCCAGAAAGCCCUGGUCGUCAAGCUGGUCAAGAGGCAUCUCAAGUGUAUCUUGCUAGCCAUUGGCGACGGAGCCAAUGACGUUUCCAUGAUCCAAGCCGCUCACAUCGGUAUCGGUAUAUCAGGUGUCGAGGGCCUCCAAGCUGCAAGAUCCGCAGAUGUGAGCAUCGCCCAGUUUCGCUUCCUCCGAAAACUAUUGCUCGUGCAUGGAAGUUGGAGUUACCAGCGAAUAUCAAAAGUCAUCCUGUACUUCUACUACAAGAACACCGCUCUGUUCAUUACACAGUUUUGGUACUCCUUCCAAAACGCCUUCUCCGGCCAAGUCAUCUACGAAUCAUGGACACUCUCCUUCUUCAACGUCGUCUUCACCGCCAUGCCUCCCUUUGUCCUCGGAAUCUUCGACCAAUUCAUCUCUGCCCGUAUGCUAGAUCGGUACCCUCAACUCUACCAACUGUCUCAGAAAGGCGUCUUUUUCCGGACGCAUAAUUUCUGGAGUUGGGUCGGGAACGGUUUCUACCAUUCUCUGCUGUUGUACUGGAUCUCCGAACUGAUCUACUGGAACGAUUCCCCGAUGAGCGAUGGUAAGACGUCUGGACACUGGGUCUGGGGUACCUCACUCUAUACCGCCGGCCUCGUAACCGUCCUUGGUAAAGCAGCGCUCAUCACGAACAUAUGGACAAAGUACACCGUCAUCGCCAUCCCUGGAUCACUGGCUGUAUGGUUCAUCUUCCUACCAGCCUACGCAACCGUGGCUCCUAAGCUGGGAUUCUCAACAGAGUAUACGAACUUGUUGGGAGUCUUGCUCACGGAUCCAAAGUUCUGGCUCAUGAUGAUUGUGCUGCCGGCGAUUUGUCUGGUGAGAGAUUUGGCGUGGAAGUACUUCAAGAGGAUGUUUAGACCGGAGAGUUACCAUCAUGUGCAGGAGAUUCAGAAGUAUAAUAUUCAGGAUUACAGGCCGAGAAUGGAACAAUUCCAAAAGGCCAUUCGAAAAGUCAGACAAGUGCAACGCAUGCGGAAACAGCGCGGGUACGCUUUCUCGCAGACAGACGAGAGUCAGGCCAGAGUGUUGCAGGCUUAUGACACGACAAGGGAGAGAGGUAGGCRUGGAGAGAUGCCUGCUAGUGGGAGGAAGUGA